AUGCCCUUUUCAAGAUCGUUGACUGUGGUUGGAUGUCACGCUGAGGGUGAAGUUGGCGAUGUGAUCACCGGCGGAGUCCUCGACGUUCCAGGGAAAACAAUGUUUGAAAAGCUCAUUCACAUGUCAACUCAGAAAGACCACAUUCGCCAACUUCUCCUCAACGAGCCUCGAGGCCGUGCUUCAAUGAACACAAACCUGAUUCUCCCACCCUGUGAUCCACGUGCAGAUGCUGGAUUCUUGAUCAUGGAGAGUGAAGAAUACGCGCCGAUGUCUGGCUCGAAUAUCAUCUGUACGACGACUGUGCUUCUUGAAACUGGCAUGAUCCCAAUGCAAGAGCCUAUCACUGAAGUUUCCCUGGACACUGCGGCCGGUCUGGUGAAAGUCACUGCCGAAUGUGAAGCAGGCAAGUGCAAGAGUGUGGAGUUCCACAAUGUCCCUGCUUUUGUGUUGGAGCUAGACUAUAAAGUUCAGGAUCCUGCUUUUCCUCGUGGAGAGGUCUCGGUUGAUAUUGCAUAUGGAGGAAUGAUGUACAUUUUGGUCGAUGCUGCCUCGUUGGGGUUGAAGAUUGACAAUUCACACGCUACUCAACUGGUCAAGAUUGGGGAGCGGAUCAAGCGUGUCGUUGAGGCUUUGUAUACCCCUGUACACCCGGAGAAUAGUGGUAUCACAGGGUUUAGUGUCCUGGAGUUUACUGAGCCCGUGACUAGGGAACAUGACUGCCAGGUUGCUGUCAAUGCUGUGGUUGUUUCGCCCGGACGAUUUGAUCGCAGUCCCUGUGGAACUGGGACAUGUGCUCGACUCGCCGUUAUGCACGCCAGGGGCCAGAUCGAAGUGGGAGAGGUUUUGAAGCACCGGAGUAUCAUUGGUACGGAGUUCGUCAGUAGAAUUUCCGGCCUGACAAAAGUUGGUGACUAUCCGGCUGUUCUACCUACAGUCAAAGGCCGAGGUUGGAUCACAAGUUUCAAACAGGUUGUUUUAGACUCAUCGGAUCCCUUCCCCGAGGGAUUUAGGAUAGGUGAUCAGUGGCACAUGGAGCCGAAUUAG